UCAGAUUUAAAAGAAGAAAGAGAGUAGAGGAAAACGUACAAAAGAGAUUCAAUUAUAAGAAAUAACUUGACACCCGAGACACUACCAUGUCUCCUGAUAAAUUUCAAAAGGAUGUUCCAUAGUGCAAGACUCACGAUAACGAUUUGUGAACAGCUGUAAAAAGCGGUAGUAAAUUGAUGUGCGCUAAUUCGUAAUCCGUUGAGAUCUAUGAUAUUUGAAUAAUUAAAAUGUCGAUGUGCGUAUUAAUCUUUUGAUACAUUCUUAUUACUGAGAAUGUUAAGAAGCAGAAUUUAUUUCGAAAAAAUAACCUAGACGUGACGAGUUUGAGAUAUAGAUAAUAUUAAUUAUGGAGCGUGGAAAGACUGGGAUUGGUAGAGCGGUAAAAAGUAAAAUUGCUCAGCAUCCUUCGGAUUUGUUCGCAUUAGGAUCGAAGAGUUCGCGGAACGAUAAUUCUGACUCUAAAAACAGGCCUGGUGUUAUCCAUUCCAAAGCAAGCAGCAGCUCUACGAGCUCUGGUAAUGACCGGAAGAAAGAGGCACCUUCUGGAUCGUCAUUUUCAUAUGUUCCACAGAAGAAACCUAAGUUAGCUCAUGUUGGUUCCCAUCAGCGACAGUCUUCCAGCGCAGAGGCAUGGGAAGUUUUAGUUAUAGAUACUGAUCCUGCAGAUUUCGUACCUAUGGCACUUGAGGCUAAUGACAAUGAUGAGGGUGACAGAGUUAUUGGAAUAAUAUGUGGUGCUAUUAAGACACUGAAGAAUCACAAAUGGAAACCUGACACAUUACUUUAUAUGGGCUUGUUAUAUCUAGCAAAAAUCCGCCCAUCUAUUUUCUCAAACGAUUGCAUACUACAUGCAUUAUCAUCUCUUUUAAGAAGGGACCAAAGUUAUACUUACAAGAAAGUGAAUCCAUUGGUUCCAGUACUUGCUGCAAAUCUUUUAAUGAAAGGUUUCCAUGACAAAAAGAAUUGGCCGGAAGUAUUUGUAAAGUUGUAUAUUGAAGAUGCUCUUGGUGAGCGCGUUUGGAUUGAUCAUGAAGAAUGCAAGGGCUUUGUUGAUAAUAUAUUAACUGGUUUUAACACAAGACAUCCACCUAAGUCUGUGUUACAACCAGAAUUCCCGGUGAUGAUGCAGCGGGACUGUCAUAGCCCGUCUACAGUGGAUGACGAAGAUCCGGCAACGUCCACGUCAUUGUCUGGGGAUAGAGAAAAAAUAGAGUUUCCGGUGGGUCCACGAUAUGCACAUUGUGUGGAAAAUAUAGAAUCAAUAGUAUUAGAAGCUGCGAAAGAGCAACUGAACAGACGUCAGCCUGAAACUAUAACAAGAAACUUUUUGAAGUUGCUCUCUUCAGCAUGCGGUUUUGUUGAAAUCAGAAACAUUGCUGUUCCAAGGCUGGAAGUGUGGCUACACAAUCCUAAACUGAUGAGACCUGCGCAGGAAUUACUCAUUUACAUCUGUUACAAUUGUACGUCUCAUACUCAGAGGGAUGUCGAGGUCAUAAGCCAGUUGGUUAAGAUGAGAUUGAAGACGAAGGCUGUGAUCAAUCUGUAUUUAAACGGAGUUAAGGAAUUGAUCGGAUUGCAUCCGGAGAACUUGGCUACUAUGUUGAAGCACACGAUUUAUAAUGAAUUAUCGAACGCGCGUAAUCCAAACAAUAUGCCCAUGUUGGGUAUAAUGUUUCAAACCUUGCCUGAACAAGCAGCGAAAUUGCUCGCGGAAAUCUUUCAGGAUUUACUGAUGAAUCGCGAAGAUUAUUUGCGGCCAUUACGUGCAUUGCUCAGGGAAAUCGUACGCGUAUGCCGGCAUGAUAUUAAUCUAGUCGCUUUCGCUCGAACAUUGAUGUCCGAGAGACCAGAUAUAGCUCAACAGUUGUUGAAUUUUGAGUUUAAAGAUCGAAUGUUUAUGUCAAUAGCUGAUUUGUUAUGUCUGUGCAUGCUUCUCGGAAUAAGUCCACAGGUAAAGGAAGCCGGGACGAUGUCAGCGCGUGCAGAUAAAAAAGAUGUGGCUCUGUUGCAUCAAUUCCAAAAUCUCGUAGCUAUGAUACAGCACGAAGCAGUGUUGUGGCUGCAGAAUUCGGCGCAACAGAUGUACGCUGUUGGGCGAAACGAGCUAUUACAUGCGAUGCACAAAAUCUUGCUUUUGGAAUCUCCCGAACAGUAUUAUAAACUAGACAAUUGGCCACCAGAGUCAGACAGAGUGUUCUAUAUACGAUUAGUAUCCGAUGUUCCUCUAUUGCAAAGUACAUUGUUGAGACUGCUAGUAAUCGGUUUUUCGAAGGAGAACGGCAUCACUCAUUCAGAGACAUUGGACUUGGCCGAUCAAUUGAUACGGAGAGCAGCAGCGAAUUCGACAGAAAAUUUCCCGAUGUUACAAGCUGACAAAAUGGACAUAAUCGAAUUUAUUUUUAAUCUUUCCAUCUAUCAACCACCGGGAACAAUAAACAUACCUGCUGGGUAUGUGCCACCGACAUUGGCAAUAGCUAAUCUUUAUUGGAAAGGAUGGAUAAUGUUAUUAAUUUUGGCUGCUCAUAAUCCAUCUACAAUUGGAGCACUAGGAUGGAGAAGAUAUCCUAUAUUGAGAACAUUGAUGGAAAUGUGUAUCACAAAUCAUUUCUCAUAUCCACCGCCGACUAUGGCCCUGCCAGAAAUCAUGGAGCAAGAGCGUGCAAAGGAAUUGCAGGUUGAAGCUAUCGAGAAGCAAGAGAUAUUGGAAUACGAAUCGCAUUUAGCCGCAGCCUCAUCUAGAAUCCAGUUAUCCGAACAGAAUAGUUUCCUGCUGUCGCAACUGAUUACUAUGGAUCCAACGGGAAUUGCUAGAAGACCACCACCGGCCGUGCUCGAGCAGAUACAAUCGUUGAAUACGUCUCACAGAUUGGGCCAUCUACUUUGUCGAUCGCGUAAACCAGAUUUUUUGUUGAAUAUCAUACAAAGGCAACAGCAAAGCACAUCGCAAAGUAUGCCCUGGUUGGCAGAUCUGGUGCAGAAUAGCGAAGGUUCGCUAAGUCAGUUGCCUGUACAAUGUCUCUGUGAAUAUUUAUUGUCGACUAGUCCGCAGACGGUCGAAAAGCAACCUAGGCAGCAACAAUUGUUGGCUCAUCUUCAGACUCUAUUGACUGAUCCGAAUCAAGAUCAGCAGCAUGCCUAUGAGGUCUUGGAAUAUUUUCUGAGGAGACUAAGCAGCCAGCAGAGUAGCAGCCGUGUCCAAGCGAUUACCGGACUCAAGAUGGUUCUAGACUCGAUACCUCUUGAAGAUGAGAGUAUGGAUGUGGACGGAGAAAACGAAAAGUACGUUUUUAAAUGUAUUUUACGUAAAAAAACUAGUUUUAAUAAUUUUAAUAAUAUAUAUUUUUUUAGGGAGACUUGGCUUUUACGAAAAUUGCCAUCGAUACCUCACUUCUUAUCGGUACGUUCGCUGGUUUCCACGGCACUACGUGGCGCUUGUCAAGUUGAAAACAGUCCGGAUCUCGUGCAUACCUAUAUAUCGUAUUUGGCUGUGCAUACUGCUGAUGACGAUUUACCUGAUUUGACUGACUUAGCCAAUGAGAUCUCUCAAUUGGUUGUUGAACGAAGCACGAUCAUCGCGGCCAUCCUGCCUCAACCUGAAAGUGAUAAUCAGCAAGCCAAACAAACGUUGCACUCCUUCAUGGCAAUCUUCUGUAAUUAUCUCGAGAAAGCGCGAUCACCUAGAGGAGAAGGUUACCAAUGGUCUGAGAGUCAAGAUCAGAUUUUGGUGCAGUGGAGCAACGGCGAGGAGUGUACUAUGCACAUUUUGGUGGUGCAUGCUAUGAUUAUAUUAUUGACAUAUGACACAUCUGAAGACGAUCCUUUGUUCAAUAAUUUAUUGGAAACAUGGUUUCCACUGACAGAACAGCCGAAAGCUUUUCUCGUGGACACUAGCGAAGAGGCGUUACUCAUACCUGAUUGGCUCAAAUUACGAAUGAUAAGAAGUAACGUGCCUCGUUUAGUUGACGCAGCUUUGAAGGACCUUGAACCACAGCAAUUGGUGCUUUUCAUCCAGAGCUUUGGGAUACCUGUGUCGUCGAUGAGCAAGUUGCUUCAUACACUCGAUGCAGGCGUCCAGAUUGAUCCGAGUUCGGUUGGCGAGGCAGUUUUAGAUAAAACAUAUAUGGCUCAAUUAGUCGAGGUGCAACACCGAAGAGGUGCCACGGGUGGGUUGGUAUUUGUUCAAGUAUUGCAGUUGUUGGAACCACAAUUGCCGGACGAGAGUGUUGUAUCGAUUGGCAGGCUGCAACAACCAUUGCCGGCCAGUGCCAUGGUACAAAAGCAGUCUGUCAUACAGUGUUCUGUGAAAACCGACGUACCUCAUUUGAUAAAUCGGCUGUUCAUCGAGAAUAUUCCAAUGAAUCAAAAGAUGGACGCUUAUCGGCGUUUGCACAAGACUUUGGCGAAGGAUUUGCAGAGGUCUUGCGUGAAGGAGAGUGGUGCGGUGGUGCUGGCGAUACAGCACAUCUGUAGCGUUCUCAGUUCUAUGCAAGUCAAGCAGUUCUUGGCCUCGCUUGUGCACAUGCCGCAAUACUCGUGCACAUUGAUGCGCGUGAUACUUUUGCCGCUCAAGAGAUCGUCGACAUCGAAGCACGUGAUCGAUCUGGCACGCAAUAUGUGCCUGAAUCUAAUAUCACUGAUAGGCGACGUGAAAGCACCGAUUUUGUCAAUUCUGCGGGACUUCGCCAAUGUUCAUUUAACAAAAAUGCCACAACAUGCUGAGCUAUCGAUGCUGAUGCAAAACCGUGGCGAAAGUCCUGGUUCAAUAUUGGAAAACACAGAUCCUGUGAAUCUAGAAGGUGUAGGUCGACGAUUGCUGGAUCUCUGUCUAAAGCAGCAGAAGAAUGACGAUCUAGUCGAGGCUAUGGCGAGAUUAUUGGUUAGUGAUAGUAAUGAAGGCGCAUUGAAACCUCGCACGGGUUUGCUAAUUGAUUGGUUGGCCUCCGUGGAGCCUGAAUUGAUCGGUAUUUGCCCGAAUCUCCAAAUGAAGCUAUUGUUCGGAAAGGCGAAGGUACAUAUCAACAUCGACAAAAACGUUGUGAGCUCUCAUUCCUGUCGGCCUUACUUAUUGACCUUGUUGACGCACAGAGCAAGUUGGACCACUUUGUACAAAUGCGUUGGACACUUAUUAGAUAAAUGCGACGAUGGAUAUGAUCCUACCGCUGUUCUGGACUUUUUAUGGGCCCUGACGUGCAAUCCCAAGUUGUGGCAAGGUCGGGACAAAUUUACCCCAAAACAUUAUGUUCCUGAAAAUAUUCUGCUGUUGGAAGAACGACAGUUGCUUAAUUUGAUAGCAUAUAUAGUAUCCGAAGCCGUUAUUAUCUGUAAUAUGCAGAACAGAAAUGCCGCCCUAGCGAGAAUGGACAUCAGGCUCGAUUUACUGUUACAUUGCAUAUCUACUGAGGAUAGUCUGAUCUCCAGUGUAGUCAAUUAUCUAGCAGAGCGUAUGAUGGAUAACACUGAUGUAGACUCGGCGGAUAUGGCGCAUCAGUUUUUGCUACAUAUGUACAUGAAGAUUCCGAAAGUUAUUUGUUAUCUCGACAUGUUUCAAGCGAGCAAAUUUGUCAACGGUGCAAAGAUAACCAAUUGGACGGGCUCAACACUCGAUUGCAUGAGUCAUUCCUUGUUAACAGCUUUGGCGGCAACUCCGAGGCAAAAAUCUUGGAAUUCCAAAUCGCAGGAAUUUGAACUCUGCGCAAGAAAAAUAGCGGCUGUGCAUCCUAUCUUGGUGCUGCGACAACUGCCCAUGUUAGCGUCCUCCUUGAUGGGAAGAUGUUAUCUUGAUUUCGGCCAAUUUAGGUCUGGUCACCAUUUGAACCUUUUCAUGCAAGUUAUGGGGCUAUUGGAAUUGUUGCAGCCGCAUCUGUUUAACGAGCAACAUGAAACUGCGUUAGAGAACACUUUAGAAAAUUAUUUCCAGUGUUUUCAGAAUUAUGGACAUAUAAAAGAUCUCAUCUCUUUGCUGAACAGAUUUGUGUUAUUAUUACAAUCAUAUGUAUCACACGAUCCACAACGAGCAUUAAAAUAUCUUCAAAAGCACGCGCAUAUUCUGCAUGAGUUGCAGGCAAAUUAUCCUAAUUCACCUGCUUUGAGGACACUCGUAUCAGGAAUACCGAUACCAAGGGAGGGAGAAGAUACAGAUGACAUUUUGAUCACUGUAACUCCCGCUCCGCCUUCCUCGGAACCCGUUAUUCCGCAACACUGGCAAUCGUUGCUGGCUACUCUCACCAAACUGCAUGGUGAAGAUGUACUCAAUGCCCUUCAAGAGAUUGAUCACGUAUCAUCGCGAAAACCUUCAAUUUUGGAGCCUAUAACGGACAACAUAACCGAACUGCUUGUAUCACCGCAGGGCAACAUCAGAACGCUCGCUCACAAUCUGCUCGCUCGAGCAUUGAAACAUCGCCCUACAUCAAAUGCAAAUAUACUGUCCGCAUUUCAAAGGUGUCUGGACAGUCACAGAGCAGAUGUUCUUAUGUCAGCUUUGGAAAAACUACCAGAUAUCGUGUUGUGUAUGCAAGAACAUGCUUUACCCUUAAUGCAAAGAGUGUUCGAGUUGGGAGUGAACUCGAAUGUCAACACGAUACCUUACAUCACUAAGACUAUCGCUCUGUUAAAUACGCAGCAAGGUUGUUAGUAUCUAAAGUUAGUCUAUUAAUUUUGUAAAUAUUAUGCAUAAGAUUUUUUCAAUUAGAGCAGAACGGAGGAAGAUCUUUUAUUUCUUUUCUUCCAAAGUAUUUGAGCGAUAAGAAAAGAUUAUAAUUUUAUUAGAAAUAUAUAAAUAUAUAAUUAUUUAAAUAUAUACAUAGAAACAAUAUAAAAUUUUUUUCGUUUAUUUUUUUUUACUUUUACAAACACAACUUUUACAUAUGCUAUCUAUUUAUAAUAAAGCUAUUCUUUUUUUA